AUGGCCGCGUCGGGAGGCUGGUCCGGCGGGUGCACAUGGCCGGACCUCCAGCCGGAGAUAUUGGGCGUCGUGCUCUCGCGGCUGCCGUCGCACGCCGACCGCGUCCGCCUCGCCGCCGUCUGCCGCCCAUGGCGCUCCAGCGCGCGGCUGCUGCGUCCGCUACCCCCGCUACUCCCGUGGCUCGCCCUCUGCGAUGGCACCUUCCUCAGCCUCCCCGACGGCGCCGUGCACCGCCUGCCCGUGGCGGGCCACGGCGUCUCCGUACGAGUCUCCACCGGCAGCACGCUCUUCCUCGUGCACGUCGACGACCACAAUUGCUCCCUGAUGAACCCUUCCCCGGUAACGACGACCCCUCUCCCUGAGGCCGCCGGCUGGUUCCGAGAAAACCCGGCCGUCCGGAAGGUGUUAAUGUCCGAUCACCUCGUCGCCGCCCUGGUGAAGUCCAAAGACAUCUACGGUUCCAAGACCACCAAGGUCAUCAUCUCCACCCGUGGGCAGCCAUGGGACAUCACGAGGUGCUCCACGACGGAGUGGGCGGCGCCUGAAGACAGCUGCGUCAUAGAUAUUGCGCUCUUCAAAGCAAAGCUCUACGUCCUCCUCGACACAGUCCUCUUCGACACAGAAGACGAGGAAUAUGGACAGGUGCAUGAGCUUCGUGUCCUGGACGAUGGCCACGAGCAGACAACCAUCCAGGGCACCCCAGUCGCCGGGUUUGAGGACGAUUUUGAUCCUUACGAGACCGACGCGUACGGGCAGCGGCACUACCUCGUCGUCUCCGGCGAUCGGCUGCUGAUGGUGCAACGAUGGAUCAACCUGCCGCCAAUAUUUCCGAUCGACUCAGGGAUCGAGAAGCGGACCCGACUCUUCAAGGUCUUCGAAGCAACGGGCCUGAGCAGCGGCUGUGGACAAUGGACCGAGGUCGAUAGGUUGACGGGGCGCGCGCUCUUUGUCAGCGAAGGCUGCUCAGAGUCUCUCCCAGCCGGGGGUCAAUCUAGCGGCGUCGGAGUUCGAGAAGACUGCAUCUACUUCCUGAACGACGAAACUUGUGAGAAUCCCUUUCCAGACUCCGGCGCGUACAACAUGAGAGACCAGACAGUGGCGCCGUUGCUUCCGGCGACGGUGGCGGUGCCCGCAGCCGGCUACGGUCCAUGGUCUCCAACUUGGCUUUUCCCGGAGACUUGA